UAUAUAUUUCUGUGCUGCCUGUUGUGUCUCAAGAGUGUGGAGUCUGGUUUAGGUUUGGAGAACAUCUAACCUCAUGUUACCAGCAUUUUGAGUCAAGAAACCAUCCCACUUCUGCUUUUCAUUUCACACAGAUAUUCCCCGGUUAAGUCUUUAGUCAGUCAGUUUGCUGUAGCUGGCUCAGGUCAAUGAUGGGAUAUUUCAUUCUGAUGAUCCUUGUUUUUACACCAGGUGUUUGGAGUGGAUAUUGGAAGGUGACCUUAAAGAGUCAGUGUGCUUUGAAGGGCACAUCAGUAGUUAUAAAGUGUGACUAUGACUACCCUUAUGGUCAUACUGUCACCGAGGUGCACUGGUUAAAAUGGUCUGUAACCAGUCAGCCAAAGCUGGUUCCCCUCUCUGAUCUGCCUUCACCUCCAGACUUUAAAUAUGUGGGCAACAAAUAUGGCAACUGUGACCUGAAGAUCAAUAACGUCCGACCCAUGGAUGAAGGACUGUACUAUUUCAGUUUUGUGACAACGCGCGACACAUGGAGUAGUAAAUACUCCGCUCAUUUGACUGUGCGAGAGUUGACCGCCUUCGUGAGGCCGACCACUGUGUCAGAAGGAUAUAAUGUCCGACUGAUCUGCGAGUCAGGCUGCCCUUCACGUCCAGGCAUCACCUGGUUCAGAGAUGGACAAAGAGUGUCAAAACCACAGUUCUGGGCCAGAAGAGAGGAUGCUGGGACGUACCAGUGUGCCGUCGUUGGACAAGAGACAGCCAGAUCUGCCUCUGUUGCUCUGAACGUUCACUAUGCUCCCAAGAAUGUGACACUGUCCAUAAGUUCACCAGCAGACAUCGUCAGAGGAAGUUCAGUGACCUUCUCCUGCAGCUGUGAAGCAAACCCACCUGUGACACACGAAGGAUACAGCCUGUACAAGGGUGAACAGUGGGUCAGUUUAGGACAGACACACACCAUCUUUGAUAUCCAGCCCAGUCACAGUGGACUGUACCAUUGUCAAGCAACGAACAGCAUCAGCUGGAUGGGCAUUGACGUGGUCAAAUCGACUGAGAUUCACCUUGAUGUCCAGUAUGUUCCCAAGAAUGUGACACUGUCCAUAAGUUCACCAGCAGACAUCAUCAGGGGAAGUUCAGUGACCUUCACCUGCAGCUGUGAAGCAAACCCACCUGUGACACACGAAGGAUACAGUCUGUACAAGGAUGAACAGUGGGUCAGUUUAGGACAGACCCACACCAUCUUUGAUAUGCAGCCCAGUAACAGUGGACUGUACCACUGUCAAGCAAGGAACAGCAUCAGCUGGAUGGGCAUUGACAUGGGCAAAUCCACUGAGAUCCACCUUGAUGUCCAGUAUGAGCCCAUGAAUGUUUCAGGUUCAGUGGAGCCACAACAAGUCGCUGAGGGCGGCAGUGUGAAUCUGACCUGCAGCAGUGUGGCUAAUCCUGCAGCAGACAGCUACACCUGGUACUGGAGGAGGACACAUUCAGCCAACUCCAACUCUAUUCUCCAGGUGGGCUCAGGACAGAUGCUGUCUCUUCACUCUGUGGAGGCUUCUCACUCUGGACUGUACUUCUGCCAGGCCAGGAACAGUGUGGGGGAGAACAACUCAACUGAGGUGCUUCUCACCAUGGAGACAAUGAAUCAAGGCAGCCAGUCCCACCUCAUCAUAGCUGGACUUGCAGGACUCAUUGUUUUAGUGGCUCUUGUGACAGCUCUUCUUCUGUUCUGGAAGAAACUAAGAGCGCAAAACGCUGUGUCUGGCUCCAGAGUAAAUGGCUUGAUCUCUUCAGUCAGAGAAGAUCAGCUCGACAACAUUUAUGCCAACAUCACAGUUCCGUCCUCUCCCCCUCUUACCUCAACUUCUGACGAAGCUGACGUGAUCUACUCGACUGUGACCAUCAAACACAAAGCAACUAAUGUUCCACCUCACAUAAAGUCCAAAGCAGAAGCAGAGGAGGAGGAUUCUGUGAUCUAUGCUGCUGUGGCUAAAUCCAGAGGAUCCUGAUCUUAACAAAAUAGUGGACAGGAAACAACCAUUUUUGUUCAAGUGUUUAAAUGCUUUUUCAUUGUUAUUAUUAAUAUUAUUAUUAUUGUUUGCUAAUAUUAUG